UGCAUUUUCAUAACCAAACUAAUAAUAUUUCACAAAUGGCUUCCUUUUCAUCAUCUUCGACGUUGAAAAUUUCCAAUUUAAAGCUUCAAUGCAGCUUAAUCUUAGUACUAAUUGGAGUAGCUUCAGCUCAAUUAUCAUCAACUUUCUAUUCAACCUCGUGCCCAAAUGCGCUCUCCACAAUUCAAUCCGCAGUUCAAGCUGCAGUGAAAAACGAGUCUCGUAUGGGUGCAUCCUUGCUUCGGCUUCAUUUCCAUGAUUGCUUUGUUAACGGAUGUGAUGGCUCAAUAUUGCUCGACGACACUGCGAACUUCACCGGAGAAAAAACAGCCGUACCAAAUGUAAAUUCAGUGAGAGGUUUUGAUGUUAUCGACACCAUCAAAUCACAAGUUGAGAGUGCUUGUGCCGGAGUUGUAUCUUGUGCUGAUAUUUUAGCUGUUGCUGCCAGAGAUUCCGUCGUUGCGCUUGGUGGACAAAGUUGGAGUGUACAAUUAGGGAGAAGAGAUUCGACAACGGCAAGUCAAAGUGCAGCGAACUCCAAUAUUCCUGCCCCAACUUUGAAUCUCUCCCAACUCAUACCAUUCUUCACCAACAGAGGCUUUACUACCCAAGAUUUGGUGGCUUUAUCAGGUGCUCACACUAUAGGGCAAGCAAGAUGUACAACUUUCCGGUCACACAUAUAUAAUGAGACUAACAUAAACUCCACAUUUGCGACAUCUUUGCAAGCAAAUUGUCCUAGCACUGGAGGUGACAACAACCUUUCACCACUUGACAAGACGAGCCCAACGACGUUUGACAAUGCCUACUUCACCAACUUGAUGAGCCAACAAGGACUUCUUCAUUCAGAUCAAGAAUUGUAUAGUGGAAAUAGUGGAACCACAGACUCUCAAGUUUCGUCUUAUAGUUCCAGUUCUUCCACAUUCUUCACGGAUUUCUCUACUGCAAUGCUUAAGAUGGGUAACAUGAGUGUUCUUACUGGCACCACUGGAGAAGUCAGAACUAAUUGUAGGAAGACCAACUGAUUUGAGGUUUUCAACUUCUUUGACACCUGAAUUUCAGUUGAAACUCAACAAACAAAACAAUUGUAAGGAAAGAGCUAGCUUUGAGUUGUAAUUCUAAAAGUCAAAUUUUAUGAAAUUGUAAUCUUGUAUGAUUAGUUUUUAAACCGUGCUAUAUAUGCACGGUUUUCUUACUUGAAAAAAUUGGUUAUAUUGCCUAUGGAAA